UGCCCGGAUCCCGGCUCUGUUCCUCUCUCAGGCACGCGACGCCUCCCCAGCCUGGGUCGCUUGGGAUCGGGCUACUACUACACGGAUGCUAUCAAUUUUGGCUGUUUGAAAUUGAAGUGUCAAAAUCCUCUCAAGCUUCUGCUUCCAAAGAAGUGAUAACAUUUUCUGAACAAGAAAAGAAGUGGCUGGCUUUGUGUUAGAAGUAUUCUGGCAGUGGGCCAGUUUUUUUUUUUUUUUUAACUUUUCCAAAUUUGGAGAACUAUGGAGAAAUGGUACUUGAUGACAGUAGUGGUCUUAAUAGGAUUGACAGUACGGUGGACAGUCUCUCUUAAUUCUUAUUCAGGUGCUGGAAAACCCCCAAUGUUUGGUGAUUAUGAAGCUCAAAGACACUGGCAAGAAAUUACUUUUAAUUUACCAAUCAAACAAUGGUAUUUUAACAGCAGUGAUAACAAUUUACAGUACUGGGGAUUGGAUUACCCGCCUCUAACAGCUUAUCAUAGUCUCUUAUGUGCAUACGUAGCGAAAUUUAUAAAUCCAGACUGGAUCGCUCUCCAUACCUCACGCGGAUAUGAGAGUCAAGCACAUAAGCUCUUCAUGCGUACAACAGUUUUAAUUGCUGAUUUGCUGAUUUACAUACCUGCUGUGGUUUUGUACUGUUAUUGUUUAAAUGAAAUCUCCACUAAGAUAAAGAUUGCUAAUGCAUUGUGCAUAUUGCUGUAUCCAGGCCUUAUUCUUAUUGACUAUGGACAUUUUCAGUACAAUUCCGUGAGCCUUGGCCUUGCUCUGUGGGGUGUUCUCGGAGUGUCUUGCGACUGGGACCUGCUAGGCUCACUGGCAUUUUGCUUAGCCUUAAAUUACAAACAGAUGGAACUCUAUCACUCCUUGCCAUUUUUUUGCUUUUUACUUGGCAAGUGUUUUAAAAAAGACCUCAAAGGAAAGGGGUCUGUGUUGCUAUUUAAGCUGGUUUGUACUGUUGUGGCUUCCUUCAUUCUCUGCUGGCUGCCAUUUUUUACAGAAAGGGAACAAACCUUGCAGGUUCUGAGAAGACUUUUCCCAGUUGAUCGUGGAUUAUUUGAGGAUAAAGUAGCCAAUAUUUGGUGUAGCCUCAGUGUCUUUCUGAAGAUUAAGGAUAUUUUGCCACAUCACGUCCAGAUAAUAAUCAGCUUUUGUUUUACAUUUUUGAGUCUCCUUCCUGCAUGCAUAAAAUUAACACUUCAGCCCUCUCCCAGAGGAUUCAAACUUACUCUGGUUAGCUGUGCACUAUCAUUCUUUUUAUUUUCUUUCCAAGUACAUGAAAAGUCCAUUCUCUUGGUAUCACUACCAGUCUGUUUAGUUUUAAAUGAAAUUCCUUUCAUGUCUACUUGGUUUUUACUUGUGUCAACAUUUAGCAUGCUGCCUCUUCUACUGAAGGACGAGCUCCUGUUACCCUCCAUUGUGACAGUGACGGCCUUUUUUACAGUUUGUGCAACCUCCUUUUCAAUAUUUGAAAAGACUUCCGAAGAAGACCUGAAGUUGAAAUCCUUUUCCAUUUCUGUUAGGAGGUAUCUUCCAUGUUUUACAUUUCUUCCCAGAAUUAUACGCUAUUUGUUUUUUGUCUCAGUAAUCACCAUGGUCCUUCUGACGCUGGUGACCAUCUCACUGGAGCCUCCUCAGAAGUUACCGGACUUAUUUUCUGUACUGGUCUGUUCUGUGUCCUGCUUGAACUUCCUAUUCUUCUUGGUGUACUUCAACGUUAUAAUCAUGUGGGACUGCAGAAGCAGAAGAAAUCAGAAGAAAAUCAACUAGUUGAUUCUUAAACAAAUGUGAAAAUGUGAACAGUGUUAAAAAGUUUUGUGAACUUUAUACAGUGUGUAAACCAGGAGCUAUAGGAAAAGAAAUGGUGAAAGGUCAUUGUUGUCCACACAAAAUAAACGUAUAUGGGACUGAAGACCAGUGGAGGCUUUUUAUUUUCCAACUAUUGCUUGGCCAAAACAUACUGUGGUUUUUUAGUAUUCAUAGCUAUUCAAGUGGGAAAAGAAGAGCAAAAUGUACUUAAUCCCAGUGUUUACUUAGGAAACAUACUGUAUAAUUAUGCCUUAAAAUUUUUGAGGAAGAUUUCUUAGGCAGGCACAGUGGCUCAUGCUAUAAUCCCGGUACUCUGAGCCUUAGGUGGGAGGAUGGUUUGAGCCUAGGAGUUUGAGAGCAGCCUGGACAACAUAGUGAGACCCAUCUCUAAAGAUAAUUUAAAAUUAGCUGGGCAUCGUGGUAUGUGCCUGUAGUCAUAGCCACUUGGGAGGCCAAGGCAGGAGGAUUGCUUAAGCCCAGGAGUUGGAGGCUGUGGUGAUCUGUGGUCAGGCCAUCACGCUCCAGCCUGGGUGACAGAGCAAAACUCCUCUAAAAUGAAAAAGAAAAAAUUCUUAAUUUUUUUUGCUUUGUCUAAACCUACUUUCUUUAUCAGAUCAUAUAGUGAGCCUAACAAGAAAAUUGAGCCCCUUCUUUUUAUAGGAAAUCACUAAUUUUGGUAUUCAAAUGUACUUUCCCUCAAAUUUUAGAAUGCAAGUAAAGAAGUUUAUAAGUUAUAUUUCAGGGAAUUAAAUUUGUGAUAAUCUUUUUAAUUAUCGAGAAGGCAAUUUAAACUGAGGUUUAAACAUGGCUUACUUAUUACAUGUGCAAAUUCAAAUUUUUUUUUUUUUUUUUUUUUGUAGAGACAGAGUCUCACUGUACCGCCCUCGGGUAGAGUGCCGUGGCGUCACACGGCUCACAGCAACCUCUUAACUCUUGGGCUUACGCGAUUCUCUUGCCUCAGCCUCCCGAGCAGCUGGGACUACAGGCGCCCGCCACAACGCCCGGCUAUUUUUUGGUUGCAGUUUGGCCGGGGCUGGGUUUGAACCCGCCACUCUCGGCAUAUGGGGCUGGCGCCCUACUCACUGAGCCACAGGCGCCGCCUGCAAAUUCAAAUUUUUUAACAAGGCAAAAAGAUUAAACCAUGUUCCUAUUUAUUUCUAAGAAUGCAGAUUUACUUGAAUCCAAUUAAAAAAAUGAAUUUUUCUGCUUAAGGGGGAAAGAAAAGAACUUUCUUGAAUUUAAAUCUAAGUUUUAAAUCAAGUAGUUUGAAGUCUUUAAUUACUGAUGAUCACUAAUUCUAAACUACACUCAAAUCCAUUUCAGGUUAACUGCAUUAUAUAAGAUUCCA